CCCACCUAGAUGGAGACCACUAUGGGGGCUCUGGGUGAGAAUGCCACCACAGACACUUUCACCAACUUCCUCUCUGCACUCGAUGCCAGCGGAGCCCAAACGGCUCCCUUUCCGUACACUUUCAGCUAUGGUGACUAUGACAUGCCCUUGGAUGAAGAAGAGGAUGUGACCAAUUCUCGGACUUUCUUCGCUGCCAAGAUUGUCAUUGGCAUGGCUCUGGUGGGCAUCAUGCUGGUGUGUGGCAUCGGCAACUUCAUCUUCAUCACUGCCCUGGCCCGCCACAAGAAGCUUCGCAACCUCACCAACCUGCUUAUUGCCAACCUGGCCGUCUCAGACUUCCUGGUGGCCAUUGUGUGCUGCCCCUUUGAGAUGGAUUACUAUGUGGUGCGCCAGCUCUCCUGGGAGCACGGCCACGUCCUGUGCGCCUCCGUCAACUACCUGCGCACCGUCUCCCUCUACGUCUCCACGAAUGCCCUGCUGGCCAUCGCCAUUGACAGGUAUCUGGCCAUUGUGCACCCGCUGAGACCGCGGAUGAAGUGUCAAACAGCCGCGGGCCUUAUCUUCCUGGUGUGGUCGGUGUCCAUCCUCAUCGCCGUGCCAGCCGCCUAUUUCACCACCGAGACGGUGCUGGUGAUCGUGGAGAGCCAGGAGAAGAUCUUCUGUGGCCAGAUCUGGCCGGUGGACCAGCAGUUCUACUACAAAUCCUACUUUCUCUUGGUCUUCUGCCUCGAGUUUGUGGGCCCUGUAAUCGCCAUGACCCUGUGCUACGCCAGGGUGUCCCGGGAGCUCUGGUUCAAGGCGGUGCCGGGCUUCCAGACUGAGCAGAUCCGCAGGAGGCUGCGCUGCCGCCGCAGGACCGUGCUGGGGCUGGUGUGCGUCCUCUCGGCCUACGUGCUGUGCUGGGCGCCCUUCUAUGGCUUUACUAUCGUGCGCGACUUCUUCCCCUCCGUGUUUGUGAAGGAGAAGCACUACCUCACCGCCUUCUACGUGGUGGAGUGCAUCGCCAUGAGCAACAGCAUGAUCAAUACGCUGUGCUUCGUGACGGUCAGGAACAACACCGCUAAAUACCUCAAGAGGGUCCUGCGGCUCCAGUGGAGGGCCUCUCCCAGCGUGAGCAAGGCCAGCGCGGACCUCGACCUCAGGACCACAGGGAUGCCUGCCACUGAGGAGGUGGACUGCAUCAGACUGAAGUAAGCGUGAUGGUACCACAGCGCCUGGACGCACAUAGCCGCGGCCAGCUUGGUUUCCCCGCAGAAGGCAGA